AUGACAGGUCCUGCGGUUAACCUCCCCGCUUUCCAGUCAUUGAGCCAACCGGGUCUUUUCCCCCGCAGUAUUCCACCAGACCCGUCGUUGCAGUGCCAAGUGCUCGCCGCUGAGUGGUGCGCUUCGCUUUCAAUCGCAAUGAUUAAUCUGUCGUCUGGCGAUUUUUCCCCUUCAGCUAACUCAUCGUCUUCGUCACCGAAAGGGGGAUUCGUAGCAGCGGGUCUAGCAACGACAUUAUUCCAUGAUCUCUCUGCCCACUACGGCUCACAUGCGCUGCGGCGUGGCGCAAGUCAUCCUUUGGGACCGUGUUACCGAAGCAAGAAACGUUCACGUGCGGCGGGUCAUCACGAUGGGCGAGGAGGAAUAUGGUCACUUAGGAUGGCUCAUCGGCUCUGGUGUCGCCGUUGUGGUCUACAUCUUUGUCCCGGAAAAACAAAACUUCUGCGAUCUCCGUGUGCUCCUUCAGUAUGUUCCCUAGAAGAUAGUGAGGGUUUCGUUGGAGGUCCUGCCGCUGGGGAGGCUUCGCGUGCAAAUCGGGGGCUGUACGUGUGUUGCCGUUGCCUCGCAGCAGAACAGCUACGUCACAAGAAGGAAAUGGGAUCAUUUGUGCAAAGUUGCAAGGAAAGGAAUGUGAGAUAUACCAACAGUGAGGAGGAGGAGGAGGAGGGCACUCACCUUUCCACUAGUAAUCACUUAGCCGCUGCUGCCGCCGCUGCAGCCGUCGGUCGCACACGGCGAAGAAAGCGUAAGAGGCACAAUGAUGACGUUGUAUCUGGAGAUCGGGUGUCGAAAGAUGGGCAAAUUGCUUCCACUGUUGCCCUACGGAACCUACCUAAAGGCUCUUUGGUUCGAGGUAAGAGGAGUCGCGUGACGGUUCCCGGGGCUUUGAAGGCGCUGCCGCCUUCUCUGAAGAAUGAACAAAAGACACACGGCAUCGGUAGCAUUGAUGAGGGCCGUAUGACCGCGAGGAAGGCGGCACGCACCGAAACCUAUGGUGAUGUUAAGCGGGCCAACCACACUCAGGCAGGCUCUGAACCACCGGUUUCUAUGACUGUCGAGUUAAGACAAGUAACGGGUGCGCAACCGGGGCCGCUUCGCCCACUGAGUCGCCGGGGGACCGCUAUACCUAAGAAGGAUGGUGCAUCAAACGCAAAGUCGAACAAUGCGUUUUCAAAUACCAUGUCGCGGCUUGGUCUCUAA